AUGACGCAGAUCGUGGUCGUUGGGGCUGGCAUCAUUGGCCUAUACACUGUUUUUGAGCUCAUUGAACGUGGAAUUGAUCCACAUACAAUAACCAUCAUAGCGGAAUUCUUUCCGGGAGACCAAUCCAUUCACUACGCAUCGCCAUACGCUGGCGCCUACUACACUCCAUUCGUUGACACUGUCGAUUUCGCUCGUUACACUUACGAGCGCUUUAAUGAAAUAGUCGCUUUCAUUGGACACGAUCGUCCAGGAAUAACGAAGACACCUACAGUGGAGCAUUUUGCGGAACAGAUUCGCGAGGAAGAGGUUGUUGACAUAGUGCGCUUCAUUCCAGACCUAAAGUUGGGAAGAUCUGAUAUUCUUGGCUGCAAGUCCCAAGCGUCAUUCACGGGUAUCACAUUUAAUCCCCCAUUGCUAACUGCUUCAUUAUUUGAAAGAUUUAAGACGUUGGGCGUCAAGGCAAGAAGACAUAAGUUAAAGAGACUCGAAGACGUGAUUGAAAAUAGUGUAACGGCUGUCUUCAAUUGUUCCGGCCUUGGUGCAGCUUUACUUGCGGACGAUGACAAAGUCUAUCCCACGAGAGGCCAAGCUGUUGUUAUACGUGAUUCAACAAUCGACAAAGCAGUUGCCGCAUGGACGACAAGUAGCUCUACCUAUGUUAUACCUCGUCCAUUUUCAGGUACACACGAGGUAAUUUUGGGUGGAUUUUAUCAACCAAACGUUUCAACGCCUGAUACUUUCGGAGAAGACACCGAAGACAUCAUCGACAGGACUUCGAAAAUCUACCCGCAUCUUCUCCACAAAAAGUCACGCGCUGAUUUGGAGAUCAUGAGAGUCGUUGUUGGCUUGAGGCCAUCGAGGGAGGGAGGUGCAAGGGUUGAGCAGGAUCUCACAAAAAAUGUUCCGAUAUAUCACAACUAUGGCGCUGGUGGCCUGGGUUUCAUCAAUGGCCUUGGAAUGGCUAAUAAAUGUGUGGAGCUCUAUUUAAAUAACAAAGAUACUUAA